AUGCUAAGGAGAAAGGAUGCACCACUACGCCAGGCAUCCAAGGAAGCAGUAUUGCCAAGCCUCAGGACUACAGAGUUAAAGCGGUUUGCCAUAUGUGGUAUUGCCAUCUCCCAACCAAGGGCAUCGACUCCAGAUGUCACACCGUUACGCACUUGGAGUGAUUUAGUGGAGGCCAAAGCCAAGGAACUUCACGGGGCAGCCAAGCUUGAUGACUCAUCGUCAACUGACUCUCCUACAGCAGAGAUUAUGACACAGACUGCAACCUUAUCAGAGUCGGAGGCAGACUCCGGCAGGCAGAGGACCUUGAUCCGACAGUUAUGCACCCAGUUGUACUUAACCCCAGCCAUUCGUACACCAAGCUCCUCAUUCAACAUGUUGAUGCUCUUCUCUGUCACCCUUAACCUGAGAGUGUUCGCCAAGCUUCGCCGCACAGUUACUGCAGAAUCCGACCAGAAGACUUUUGUCUACCAGGGUCAUACUCAUAGUAAAGACUUUGGCAAGUUCCAUCUAACCAGGCAAGGCCCUGUAACCAUGGCAAUGGACCCAUCCAACCCCUACACCAACAGCAGCUCCGUGGCAGCCGCCAUCUUAGUUCCUUUCUUUGCCCUCAUCCUGUCUGGAUUCGCCUUCUAUCUCUACAAGCACAGGUCUAUGAAGAUGAGUGCUGCACGGACAUUGUCUGCUGAGACAGAUGACAAUGAGAGACCAAAAGACACCUGGGGGCCUGGCGGCAGGACACGUCCCAAGGUCCAGUUCAAUGGCUAUGUCGGUCAUGAGAGCUCCAACGGUCAGGCAUCAUUUGAAAACCCAAUGUAUGACACCAACAUGAAGCCCACUGAGGCUAAGGCAGUUCGAUUUGACACCACACUCAAUACAGUCUGUACCGUAGUAUAGUACAACAACCUGCCACCACCUAAACAGUGGUUCAGUCCAACCUCCCUGUCGCAGUCUGUGCUGUGGUUUCACCAAACUGAAGAAAGAAGAAAUUAUUUGGAAUUGUUACUGUGAGCAGUUUGUGUUGUAGCAUGCUGGUCCUCUGGCAGUAUAACCUGCACAGUAAUGCAGCUCUGCUCCACCUCCUACCUGCAAAAAGGUAUCACCCUCCUCUACCCAUAGUCGGAAAGAGCGAAAUACGUUGGAACCAGUACACAAGGGAGCAGACAAUGAAGUUAUCAAAUGUGUUGUUGAGGAGAUCAACACUGGGACUAGAAUUAUUCUGAGGCAUGUUGCCAUUAAAACACCAAGGAAAAACACAAAAGAUGGUACAACUAAUUCCUUCAAGAGCGACAACCUCACUGUACAGUGUGUGUCCAGUGUCAGAUGACUAUUGCAAAAAUCAACCUUAUUAAGUGCUUUGUAUGGCCCAUGAAUACCCUCCCUGCAACCUGAAUGUGGUUUAACCAACCUGACCCCACACCCCACGCCAAAUUUGCACAGUGUAGGCUCUUAACUUAGGAAGUCCCCUGCUGCAGGCCAGACAUGGGUGAUGCAAGGGGGAAGCACAUGGACUCACACUCUUUUAUCCCCUUCAGACAUCAAAAAGUAAUUUGAUUGUUCCUUAUGUGUCAACAUAAAAAACAUCUCUGGUGCUGGACCAAAAAAAAUCCCUGUAGACCUCCAUCAUGCUUGACUUGACGGGACUAGACUCUGACGUAACUUCAGCUCUCAGAUUCUGUUUUGGGGGAAUCUGAUGUCAAUCGACUGCUGUUCAAUGGACCACCAAAUGCAGUCAAUGCAGUGACAAGCUCAACACAUAAAUUCCUUAAAAGCUCAAAUCUCAUCCAGUACUGGAUACUAGUAUUAGAUUUGUACUAGGAACUGUGGACUAGUGCUGGACAAGCCAGGGUCAAAUAACAGUUGCAGAUACAAUUAAAAUGUUUGUUUCAGCCUACGUAGAGAACUGAAUGGCUUCAACAAUAUCAGGAAAAUCACAGAGUGAGAUAUGUUGACUUGUCAGAUUCUCAAAAAGAUAACUGUGAGGUGGUGUUUACGUUCUGCCACUUAUGACCUACUUAUGAAGUAUUUGAAAACUAAUGUAUGCUUAAACAUAUCAGAUCAAACAUUUGCAAAUGCUAUUUUUCCCAAGUUUAUUACAAGACCCUGUGAUCUAGUUCUAGAUGAGUUUUUGCCGUUUUUAAAAUAUUCUAUGGACGUACUAUACACUUAAAAUCAAUACGAUGUACAAUA